UUUUUUUUUUUUAAUUGUUAUUUUUAUUUGAAAUAUACAUUCAAGUCAGGCAAUGAUAUGGAUAUUGGACAAAGGCCUAGUCGUCAACGUCGACAUCUUCCAAUACAUGGCACCUUUUCAACUUCUCAAUCCUUCUCUGGUUCGGUAAAUCAAGGUUGUAACGAUAGCGAAACUGACGACAAUGAUGAUCAACAAGAUGUAAACACUGAAAACCAUACUACUUCUUUAAUGAAUCCCAAUAGACGUCGACGUAUUGGUCAUGGUUCAAGGACAAGGAUGAAACCAAGUAUUACUGGCAUAUCAACAAGGAAUAAUAAUAUAAACUCGGGUAUUUGGCGUGUAUGGUUUUGGCGAAUGUGUAUUGUCUGGAUUGCCUUUUUAUGUCUACGUGUGGCUACCAGUGUCUUUCAAGGUGAUACGGCUUUCUUAAGUGUGACUCAGUACGUUUCUCAAAUCUCCUUCCUCUUUCCUGAUGCAAGCGGAGGUAUUUUUGAUUGGGUGACACGAUGUUUGGCGCGCCAACAGGAUGAACUUGGUCCCCCUUAAAAUGAAGGGUCUUUGGGAUGGUAGAUUAGUUUUUAGUUUGAUUAGUAUUGUAGUAUAGUAUUACAUGUGUAUAGUAUAAUAUUAGUAUAGUAUAGUUAGCAGUAGGGAGUCAUAAGUUUGUGUGUGAGUCUCGACUUAUCUAAUGUAUUAGUAUCUGUUGUUGAUUCCUAUCAUAUCCUAUGACGAUGAUUCCUAUGAUGAUGACAUGAUCCAAAAAUAAAACACCAUUUCAAUAUU